GAUAACAUCAAAGAGUGGACAGGACUAACACUGGGCGAUGCAGUGUGUAGUGCUGAAGACAGGGAGGAAUGGAGGAGGAUGGUUCACAUGUCAUCUGUGGCACCUCAACGACUAAGGGACAUGAGGAGGAUAAGGAGGAAAUUUAAAAACACUCCAAGAACGUUCUCACAUAAAUUGUUUUGUUUCUGUCGUUUCUUUUUAAAAAGUUUUCUUUUUUUAGUGUUUCCUCCUGAUGCAGGAACAGUAACUCUGCCUCAAUAGACAGAAAGAAACGGCCUUUACUUGACCUGCAGCGAUAAGUAACUAAAGCAAACAUGUCCUUGGCUAAUGUUUCUAAAACUAUUUACAAUGCUAUAUUCAGAAGAACUUCAACUUUCGUCUUAACAUGUGUAGUUCUAGCCUAUCCAUUUGAGAGGGCGUUCAACACGUUAACAGAGCAAUAUUUUCGCCAAAUAAAUAAGGGGGUAUGUUAUUUCGUUGACAAUUCAAUUCUCUUCAAUUCUAAUUCAGUCAAUGCUUAUUUUCAUAAUUCUGAAUUUCUCAGUGUGGUCAUGUCCGGAUAGUUCCCUAUUCAAAAUCAUACUAGUAACUUAGGUGCCAAUAUUACUACUACUACUAAAGUAGGCUUAAAUUCUAAAUGAAGUGAAAAUAAUAAAUUUAAAAGACAUUUUGUAAAUAUUGUUUUAUUGGUUGGGUGUGCCACUCAUUUCCUAUGGCCACCAUCUGCCAUAUAAAAAAAAAAUUAGUUUAAACACAUGUCUGCUAAAAUGGGGAGGGGAAAGAGAGAGAAUGUGCUGAUUUAGCUAUUUACCGAAAUAAACAAUAUUAAGAACAUUAAAAUUUAAUAAAAUCAUAUCAGCCCAGUACAUUGAGCUUGUGGCGAACAAAGCUACUUUUUUGUAUCCCUCUAGAUUUGAAGCAAGAAGUCUCAGCAACUGGUUGCUCCCUUCCCUCAACUAAAACGUGUGCUACAAUUACAGUUUCAUCAAAUACACUUUUACACACUUUAUUUUAAGUUUCACCAACAUAAAAUCCAAAAGUUGUCAGAAAAGUCAAUAGUCAAUUCAUUUUCCAAAGGGCCAGAAUAUUUAAAUAUUUUAAUUAACAACCCAAUGCCAAUGAAAUUAUAACGUACCGGUGUAGUUAGUAACAAUCCAAGAAUAAACAAAAGGGAGAGAAACCUAGUAAUCUUACACUGAAACUCAAAAGUGAACAACUUUAGCCUAGGCAUUUCACUCAUUUUUAAAUUUACAUUCAUUAUGGUGUAUAUGUUAACUUUUUACAAUUAAAUCUAGACAUUUUAGAUAUUUGAUUUGGUUUGAAUCAGGAAAAUAUCACUUAUUGCCUAGACCUAGCCCUAAUCACCUAUUCACAUUAUCAUUUACCAUGUCCUGCUAAAAAUACUAAAAUACAAUUUUAAGAAAAUUAGUGAAGGGCUUUAUUGAAGAGCCUUUAUUUAUUGAUUUCUUUUGUUUAGGCCUUUUCAGCCUAUUGUCAUUGUUAUAUUGUUAUAAAAAUCAAGAUUUGAUUAUUCAUAGGCUUGUGGCUUUAAUUAUUACAGUACCAGGAUUCAAAUACAGUGGAACCUCUCAUAACGAGCACCUCUCAUAACGAGUAAUUCGCAUAACGAGCAAAAAAAAUGUGAAGAAGUUCAACCCUUAACGAGCGAUAUUUCGCAUAACGAGUUACGCCGAAAAGGGAAGUCCCUUUUCCCUGACAUUCAUUUGUGAGCCGGGGCUUCCGCGCAGAUGCAUUAGUCUAGCGUAUCUCAAUCUGUGGGUCGUGACCCCUUCGCGGGUAGCGCGGCCCUUUCCCAGGGGUGGCCGUAGGCUAUCUGAAAACACAUAUUCUUACAGCUAUGAAGUAGCAACGAAAAUAAUUAGGUUGCUGGGGGGGUCGGCAAGACACGAGAAACUGUAUUAAAGGGUCGCGGCACUAGGAAGGUUGAGAACCAUUGCAUUAGUGUGUGUUUAGCACUUGGUCUGUUAGCGUAUUGUUAUUGUGUGCGAUCACCAAUUUUUACAAAUUUUGUAUUCAGACUGUAUUCGUAAUUUUUUGAUGUGCAAUGUGUAAUAACCUAUGCUAAAAUGUCUUCGAAAAAAAAACACAAGAAGAUGAUCAUAAAAGAUAAAAAAUAACUGUUGAAAUGAAAUGUAAAAUCAUUGAAAAGUUAGAACAAGGUGUGAGCGUGGCUAUUUGUGCUAAAAAUUUAUUCAAUGAUAAUGCUGUGACAUAUUUUCGUCAAAUUUUGAAGCGUCGUCAAAAACAAAUGUCUUUAGACAGUUUUCUAGUUAAAAAGGAUUAAUUAUUUGUCAUAAAUUCAUAUUUUUAUUUACCUUUUUUUUGUUUCAAAUCUAAAUUGUAUUCCAAGUUGUUACACUCCUUAACAAUUUAUAAGUAAUUUUAUUUGAAUAAAUGUUAAUAAAAAUUUUUGAAAAAUUUGUAUUUUUUCAGCAUGGAAAGCAUUGUCGUAUUUUUACAUUGAUUGGUAUAGGAAAAAUUGUUUCGUUUAACGAGUGUUUCGCUUAACGAGUAAGAGUCUGGAACGAAUUAAACUCUUUAUGAGAGGUUCCACUGUACUGUCUUUCUGUACAACAACCUAUUAAAAAUGGUACAAGAGCAAAAUAUUAACCUCCAGCUAUCUUUUGUCAUUAGGGCCACCCACAAAUGAUGUCACUCAUCUAGGAUGGGGGGGGGGAGGGGGUUGAGUCACAAAUUAGUAACAAUGUAUGAUGAAAGGUGUAACAAAGUUGUGGUGGUGGAGGAGUCCAAAAUCUGCCAAAAUUGUGUUAUUUAUGGAUGGCCCUUUUCUGCAACAUUUGUGGUCUACAAGGAGACCUAUUCCGUCAAUGAGGUGUUUCUUCUUAUAUAAAAGACAGUUAUUUAAAUGACAGCAAGUUAUCAAUAACCCAUUUUGAUUUAUUGAUUUCAAAUUAUUUAUUUAAAUUCACUUUAAAAUAAAAUUUUACUUGGCACUUAAGGUAUAUACUUUUUUUUAAAUCCUACCGACAAUGUCGUUUGAGUUAUCCCUGAACAAGUAAAUAAUUUAAAACACUAAAAUAUGAUAAUUGAUUAAUGAACUUAAAUUUACUAAGCUAAAAAAUGAUUACCUAGGUUACAUGGAUAGAGCUCUUCAAAAUAAAAAUAAAAAAGCAAACAAAAUAUAUCAUAAAGUUGACUGAAAUGCUGUCCCCCCAUUAUGAUAAUUGGCAAGGCAUAGAGUUCAUUCUUACACAACCGUUCGAUAUAUCUUGGUACCGGUACAAUAAUAUUUUUCUGUAUUAGUAAUUAUCUCUGUUUUAAAAUAAUAUGCCUAGUUGGUUUUGUAUCUUUUGAACCUAAAUACCUUUUUUUCGUGUAACAGACUUGACUCUUUCUCCAGAUCCAUGAUAAACAUUAUAACAGCAACCCAUGUAAUUUAUUCCAUUUGCCAACUUGUUACAUUUUAUAUGCAUGAAAUAAAAUCUAUUUCUGAACAUCUUGGUCUAGCAAAAACCUCUUAGUUUUUUCUUUACCUUAAACUUAAUAAUGAAUUAAAUUUCUUUUCCCGCAGAAAUUGUAUGAUGAUAUAAAAAAGAAACCAGAGCCUGAGGAAGAAGAAUGAUGGACAAGCACUUCAGAAAAUAGUCAUGAAUAGAAAAAUAAACAUUUGAUUUUGAUAAAUGAUGUUAAGCUUAACAUCCAGUGACAAGCAAAGAUGAUGUUUCUGUGUCAAAAUGAAUCUGUAAUUGGAAUGCCAGAGUUUUGUGAAUUCAUUGAUAAUAUUUUGUUUUGAAAUGAUUUAUUUUGGAAAUCAUAUGGCAUUCUCUAACAAACAUACAAAAAAAAGGUUAAUUAGGCUUUUAACUUUUUUUUUUUUUUUUUCCAAAUUAAUCAAUACCUUUAUCAAGAGAGAAGGAAAGAAAUUGUAUUUUUAAAAUUAGGAUAACAAAUAAUGGAAACUUCUAUUUUAAACUUGUAGUUACAUUUGUUUCACAUUUUAUUUCAUAGUUAUGAAAAGUUAUGUUUUUUAAAUAAAUAUUUGAAAUAAAUGUUACAUAAUUUUAUAUUCCAAAUGUGUUUUUUUUUUUAAAUUUUGUUUUUGUUUCUAGUUGUUUAAUUUUCUGUUUACAAGGUGGAUCAUUAUUUGAUUGAGAUUUUAGCAUUUUACGAAUAUUGUCACUUCUUUUAAAUUAAAAAAAUAUGUAUUUCAUAAGCUCA